AUGAUGAUGGCUGUUACUCCAUUGCUUCCUUCCUCUCCAGAAAAGCUCUUCUUUUUCUCCAGCUUCCUCCACCCAUCAAUUCCUCUGGAGAUUCGCAGAUGUAACCUAAGUACUAAAUCACCUUCCAAGAAACUCGGAAGCUUGUCUUUGGACAUCUUAUGUUCAGCUCACAAGAUUGUCCGGAGUCCAUCCUUAGACAAGCAUGUGGUGAAGCAGAACAGAGUUCGGUUUGUGCAGAAGUUGAAAACAUUACUUCUCUCUAAACCAAAGCAUUACAUACCAAUUCAAAUCCUCUACAAAUGCCGGUCUUACCUCUGCAUCGAAAAUCCUCGGACAAUUCUCUCCAUGAUUCGUCGGUAUCCCACAAUCUUUGAACUGUUUACAACACCUACACCACAUUUGCCUAUGAAUGCCACUAAACCGUUAUCUCAACUCUGUGUUCGUAUGACAUCGGCUGCAUUGUCCCUUGCGAUGCAAGAAUUGAAUUUCAAGUCUGAAAUUUCUGAUAAAUUGGCUACUAAGCUUCAGAAGCUGCUAAUGUUGUCAUCUCACCGAAGGUUGCUUUUGUCUAAACUGGUUCACAUCGGUCCGGAUUUUGGCUUCCCUCCUAAUUUCAGGUCUCGGCUCUGCAAUGAGUAUCCCAACAAGUUCAAGACUGUGGAUACUUCCUAUGGCAGAGCGCUCGAGCUUGUUUCGUGGGAUCCAGAAUUGGCGAACCAAAUGCCAUCUCCUGAAGUUAAUAGAGGUUUGAUUGUUGAUCGUCCUUUGAAAUUCAAGCGUUUGAAUCUUCGGAAAGGUUUAAACUUGAAGAGAAGACACCAAGAUUACUUGAUCAAAUUCAGAGAAUCACCUGAUGUGUGUCCUUACAAUUCAUCAUCUGAAUGUCUGGCAAGCGAGUCGAUUGAGGCAGAGAAGCGAGCGUGCGCGGUCGUAAGAGAAGUAUUGGGGUUAACGGUCGAGAAAAGGACUUUGAUUGACCAUUUGACACAUUUCAGGAAGGAGUUUGGUUUACCAAACAAGUUAAGAGCAUUGAUAGUGAGACAUCCAGAGCUGUUCUAUGUGAGUCUAAAAGGCACAAGAGACUCUGUAUUUCUCGUCGAAGCGUACAAUGACGAUGGUGAUCUUCUAGAGAUAGAUGAGACAUUGGUGAUAAGAGAACGUUUGAUAGAUCUUGUUCAAGAAGGAAAGAGAAUUAGACGUGAACGGAGAAGGAAAGGCGCCUUACUUGGCGGUAAAAGCAUGGAUGAGUAUAGACAUGAUGAUAACAGUGAUGGAGAUAUCAGUGAUCUAGAUGAUGAAUAUGAAGAUGGGUUUGAGAAUUUGUUUGAUUUAGAAGAUUCAGGUGUUGAAUAUCAUUUCGACGAAGAAGAUGAUGAGGAUGCACGGGUUAGUGGUGAAAGUGUAGAGUAUUGGAGUAGAAAACUUUCUUCUUCUUCUGGUAGUAACAGUGGUGAAGCAAAGAGUGUUAUCGAAUCAUGGUGA